AUGGAACUCAUGCGUCAGGAGGUGUCAUGCGUUUCGGAUGCAAAACUGAAUCUUUUGCUCCAGGACCCUGAUGAGCACGUUGAUGAAGGCGCCAAUGCAGCACCUCCUGCGGAUGACGUAGCGGCCGGUGAAGGGGUAGCUAAGGAAGAUACAGAACCGGCAAAGGGUAAAGAAAAGGAGGAGAAUCAGCUUGGAGCAAUGGUCGAGGAUGCGAAGGGAAAUGUGGUACCUCCUCCCCUUCCUCCUAAUAAGAUUCAAACCAGAAUCGACUUCGAGCAAUCAGAGGACUCUCACUUUAUGACGUUCUUCGUUGUUGGGGGAUUAGUGGUGUUUUGCCUCUAUCUGUUGCAUCACAAUAAAAAGAAACUUCUGGGUCUCAUGUUUGAAGGACGAAGUUCUGGACAUUCACGGCGAAAUGUUCGUUACAGAAGGUUAUCACAGCGAGAUGAUCACGAAGCUUUUAAAGAAGAUGUUAUAUACUGA